UGACACGCAAAUCACACACACACACACAGCGCUGCUUGGUCGACAUUAAACACACCCACGGAUUCACACAACAACCAACGAGCAGUAGACACACUUGCUUUCAUUUUUUGCGAAACACAACCGCACACAGAUCACCACCAAGUGUUGAAUGGAACGUCAAGGAAAAGGAUCUGAGACGAGACGGAGAAAACAAAACGUGACCUGAGCCUCUGAACGGGGAAAAGUGUGAACAUUUAAAAUACAAAUACACAACAAAUAUAAUGUAAAUGUCCAGAUUGAGUCCGGCUGUGUGUUUAAGCUCUGAGGGAAAAGAAAGACAACACAUUUGAGAAGCUGCAACAGAUUCAAUGUUUGAUGGAGUUCGCCUGCAGCCAUGUUGUGUGUAACUGGAGAUCUGAUGAAGCAGCUUCUACAGAUUUUCCUCUUAUGAAUCAUGAAUAUGACAACGUAGUGAAAGAAGCUCCUCCUCGUCCUCCUCCUGUGCCUCCUCCUCGUUUCAGACCUCGACCUCCUCUCCCCCCUCUCCCCCGUCUUCCCUCCUUCAAGCCCCGACACGCUCCUGGCUCGCUGCCCCCGCCCCUCCCACCCAGAGAGGACAAGAUGGAGGCGGACAACAGUUUGAAAGCCAACGUCAACAUCGUGUCCCUGAGUGUUGGACAACUGGUCAACAUCCACCCGGACACAGACCAGGAGGCCGUUCAGAGCCCGGUGCUUUGUGGGAAAUGUAGUGCAGCCUUGUCAUGUCUGAGUUCUCUACAGAGGAACAUGUGGGUGUGUGAGUUUUGUGGAAGUGUGAACGGCGUGCACGUGGAUGUGAAGGGAACGUGCACGGCUCAGUGCACGGCCGAGCACAGCGACGACCUUUACCUGCAGAGCCUGAGUGACGACGACUACCAGAACCUGGAGGACUCGCUGGUGGUUUUCUGUGUGGACAUAUCUGGCAGCAUGAGCGUCACCACAGAGGUCCCAUCGAGCUCUGCUCUCCCAGUGUACGUGUCCAGGCUGGAGGGUAUCCAGGAUGCCCUCCAGAGGGCGCUGUCGUCCAUGCUGCAGGAUUCCCCACGAAGGAGAGUGGCCCUAGUGACUUUCAGUGACGAGGUCGUGAUCUACGGUGAUGGGACCAGUGUUCCCCUCACCCUCAGGGACUGGGCGCUGGUGGACUACGACCAUAUAUGGGAGCAGGGUGCGGCCUACAGCGUCCCACACUGCAUCGCCGAAACCUACCGACAGCUGGUGCAAAGAGUCAAAGACCUCAGGGAACACGGGGCCACGUGUCUCGGCCCGGCAGCGCUAGCCUCGGUUGCAAUGGCGUCAAGGCACCCCGGGUCAAAGGUGAUUUUAUGCACCGACGGCCGAGCCAACAUCGGACUCGGGGAGAUGGAGCAAACGUCUUCUCCGCUGACGGCACAUUUCUACAGGCAGCUGGCUGAGCAGGCUGUGGACAGUGGAGUCAUAAUAUCAGUGAUGAGCUUUGAAGGGACGGACUGUCGCUUGGCGGAUGUCGGGAGACUGGCAGACACGACAGGAGGAAGGGUGAACAUCGUGUCUAUUGGUACCAUAGCGACGGAGAUCCAGUCAGCCUCCAUGGACAACGUCCUAGCAACAGGAGUCACAGCAACACUGGUGGCUUGUUGUGGAAUUUACUUCCCCGACGAGGAGGACGAGAGCGACCACAAGCUGGUGAGAGAGAUAGGGAACGUGACCACUGGGCUGCAGAUCACGUUCCAGUUCGCGGUCAAACCAGAGUUCACGGAGGUCUUCCUUCAGAGGGACACUCUCCCUUUCCAACUCCAGCUGAGCUUCAAGACCAGAGAUCAACAACGAGUCACUCGCAUCAUAACCAAGCGACGACCUGUGACCUCCAGCAGUCGGGUUGGUGUCGGUAGUUUCAACAUGGCGGUGCUCGGCGUGCACGGCGCUCAGCUCUGUGCCGGUCUGACGAUGGAGGGUCGAGUGCAGGACGCACAGAAGCAGCUGAAAGCUCAGCAGGACCUUCUGACACAGAUCAGCGAGCAAAGGCCGAUCGCGACGCAGGAGAGGAUCUACGGCAACUGGAUGGACACCAUGUCCACGAUCUGUGAUGACAUCACGGCCGAGUCCCACACGCUGUCGGACGAAGCCGCCGAGCUGGUGUACCAGAUGAGGAGAGCGACCAGCGUCUACAGCAGCAGCACAGCCCAGACCCCGCAGAAACCCACGAAGAAGAAAAAGACCUUCAUGAGGAGGAAGUGAAAGCGUCAGAGGACCAGAACCGAACUGAAAACUAUUUGAGUGAAAAUGUUUUUGAUUGAAAACCCUUGAAGACUCAUUAUUCUAUACUUCUCCCAACAGUAGAUUGAACACAGAGACACACGACAACUUGUUUCAUAGCUUGAAGCUUUUUUUUGCAUUUGUUUAUGAAGAAAAGCGUCUCCCUCGCCAGUAUAAGGGCGAGCUAGAAGCAUCAAUUUAGUUUCCUCUAAUUAAAGACACAAGAAGUACAGACACAACCCAGCAGCUCCUGUCGAUGUCACCUACUUCCUCUAAUUUAGAAAUUGUUGCAGCGACUGUAAAGAGGUAAAGGUGUAUAAACGAGAUGGCAAAAAGCAAACACAAAGCAGUGUGUGUGCCUGUGUGUGUGUGUGUGUGUGUGUGUGUGUGUGUGUGUGUGCGCUUCAUCCAACCCCGGGAUAAGAUUUCCCCUUGGCGCAGACAGACGGACGUCUAAAGGAACAUUUCUCGUCAUCCCAGCAGUUUCUGCCUGUAAGAGAAAAAAAUAUUUCACUAAAAGCAACAGAGCACAACAGCACAUCUUUAAAAGAUCGUGAUGACAGCUCCCAACGUGAAGCCAAAAUAUCUAGAUCGCCCUCUGGUGGCUGGCUGCAGUAUAGGUCAUCAACCCUGCCUCCUCCAUGUUACCUCCAUACGUUUUCCUUUACUGUUUGAACAUGAGGCGUUUAUUAGAAACACUGUUUACUGUGACUUACCUCCGGUGUUCAUUUGGAGACAGUGCUGCUUCUUCUUCCUGUUGUCAAAUCUGCCGCAGUGCGGAUAAUCAAAAGCAGUGCCGUCGCUCCACAGCCAAAUUUGCUCCUGAGCAAGAAGGAACAAUUGCAAACAGUGUAAAUAAAUAUAUAUAUAUGAAUAAAUAAAGUUUGAAUGACUGUAGUGUGUAAAAAUA